AUGGCCUCCGCGUGGUGCUGGAGCUGCCUCUCGCGGCUUCGCCCAACAACAGUCCUCCCGUCCGCAACUCCCCGGAUCACGACCGCCGGCUUCCACUCCACCGCGGUGCAAUAUGCCAUGCCAGCAAAGAAGAAGGGUUCCAGUCUGACACCUAUGCGGUACCGACAGGGUCAGACUCUACGGAGGAAGAAGAAGAAGACUACUGAGCGUGCGCGUCCCCCAGCUGUUGGAGAGCGCAAGGCUAUGCGGAAGCGCAUUGUCCUCAGUAACCCUAAUGCUCUUGAGGUUGAGGGUAUGCAGGACCUUUCCGCUGAGACUAUGGUUGAUGCUCGUCUCCGCGGUUCUGUUAUCGGUCUCCCUGUGCCUAUGCUGGAUCAAUUGAGAGCCGUGGAGGCAUUCAAGCCUAAGCAGGGUUGGUCUAUAUUCCGUCGGCCUGGUACUAUUCUGCGUCGCGAUGCUCUGGAGAUGGGUCGUCUUUUUGAGAAGAUCUCCGGUGAUGGUGAUGCGCCUGAGAAGGGCAAGGUUGUGAAGAAGGUUAUCACUGGAUCUAAGGGAUCUGGUAAGACCGUGCACCUGCUGCAGGCUAUGGCCAUGGCAUUCACUAAGAAAUGGGUUGUUUUCACUAUUCCUGACGCCCGAGAACUCGUCUCUGGUGACUUCGCCUACACUCCCAUUGAGGGCUCCAAGCCGACCCAGUACGUCCAGCCCAGCGCUACCGCCGCCUUGUUGACCCGCACCGUCGAGGCCAACCGCGAGGUUCUGUCUGGUCUCCGUGUUUCCCAGCAACACCCUGGCCUGAAGGGCCUCAAGCCCUCGACCACCAUCGUCGACCUGGCCAAGAUGGGAUACUCUGAUGCCGCCCUUUCCUGGCCCGUUUUCCAGGCUUUGUGGAAGGAGCUCACUGCCACAGCUGCUGCCCCCGGCUUCGAGAAGGAUUUCCAGCCCCGUCCUCCGAUGCUGGUAGCUGUCGACGGUCUUGCCCACUGGAUGGUUGAGAGCUCUUACCGUUCUGCCGACUACUCCCCAGUCCACGCCCACGACCUCGUCUUCGUCAAGCACUUCCUCUCCCUCCUGCAGCCCGGCGCUUCCCUCCAAAAUGGCGGUAUGCUCCUGUACGCUACCUCCAAAUCCAACAACCCCUCAACCUACGCCCUUGAGGUUGCUCUGGACCAGCUCGCUGCCCGUCAACAAGGCAUCAGCGCCACAUCUCCCGAUUACCCCCAGCCUGAGGCCUACAGCAACGCUGACACCCGGGUUCUGGAUGUGUUCAAGCCCCAGACUGCCUCCGGCAAGGAGGGCAUUCUCGAGCUACAGACCCUCGGUGGCCUUACCCGUGAGGAGACCCGCGGAUACCUGGAGUAUUUCGCUAAGAGCGGCCUGCUGCGCGAGAACAUCAAUGAGAAAUGGGUCGGUGAGAAAUGGAGUUUGGCCGGUGGCGGUAUCAUUGGCGAGCUGGAGAAGUUAGGCCGUCGUGUCCGCACUGUUGCUGAGCCCGUCCCUGUCGUCGAGUAG